GUUGAGGUGACUUGGUGAAAAUGGUUUGAGAUAUUUAGUUUUUGAUAAAAAUUGCAAUUUUAGACAGUAAAAUUAUGGUUUAUUUGUAAAGCCAUGUAUAUAGUGUUUGAAAAUGAAAAAUCAAUUAUAGUCCGCUUGUUAAUAUUAUUUAGUAAAAUUUUAUUUUAAAUUCUGAACCUAACCCGACUCCAAUAUGUGGGUUUUCGGCUACGGUUCUUUAGUGUGGAAAGCGGAUUUUAAAUAUGAAUUGAAGUUAGUGGGCUACAUAAAAGGUUAUCUUCGUAGAUUUUAUCAACACAGCAUUGACCACAGAGGAUUGCCUCACAAGCCUGGACGAGUAGUAACAUUAAUACCUAGUGAAGAUUCCAGCACAGUAUGGGGUGUAGCUUAUAAAAUAAGGACUGAAGAUAUAGAACAAGUAACAAAACAUCUAGACUUCCGAGAGAAGAAUGGAUAUUCAAAACAAACUGUAACAUUCUACCCUAAAGAUACAAAGCAUGAGCCCUUUGACUUGACACUCUAUGUGGCUACAGAGGAAAAUGAUUCUUAUGCUGGUCCAGCCACAAUAGAAGACAUAGCAAUGCAAGUGAUCAGCUGUACUGGCCCCAGUGGUUCUAACAAGGAGUAUGUUUACAAACUAGCAGAGGCUAUGCGGCAGUUAGUACCUAAUAUACAGGACGAACAUCUGUUUGCGCUGGAAUCGGCUGUUAAAGUUCUGGAUCCUGAUUUGAAGAAGAGUUGAAGUGAGAAAUAGAUUGCUAAUAUAUGAACGAGAUUUCUGUAUGGUGAUCUGCUUAUUGCAUUAUGCUGCAUAAUUUAAUAAGCAUAAUGGUGCUUGCUUUACUAUUAGUUACUAUCUGCUGUUAGUCUUCCUUCUGAUAUAUUCCUUUAUAGAAUUUGUCUAUAAUAUAUAUAAAAAUGUUUUACUAAACUCACAAAAUGAUUGUGUAUUGCAUUAAUUUACCUUUGCAAAGAUGUCAUCUAAGUAAAUCAUAUAAUUUAAUAGGUUUGCCAAUAUUGUAGACAUAUUCUGUUGAAAUUGUACUUAAAAUCAUUCCAAUGCAUUGUAAUUGGCUUCGUCCUAUUUCUUAUCUGUAUAUGUAUUCCGUAAGCCUAGUAAUUAUCCUACCUUAUGAUAUGUACUUAAUAAUUUGGUCUUAAAUGGACAUUACUCCCAAAAAUGAUUCUAGAAAUUGUCAAUUAUGAUAGAAUCUUGAUAGCUUAUAAAACGAAAUUGAAAA